CUCCUCCUCCUUCCCCCCUUCCUCCACCUGGAACCGGACCCUCGACGCCUCCCCGGACAGAGCCCCCCGCCCGACCCCCUCCCCAGACCGGGGUCUCCAAUUAUCUCUCUCCCACCCCUGGCCCGGAUCGGAUGGACGAGCCCCUGGAAGCUGGAGGCAGCGGGAUCCAGGACGCCGGGGUCCCCUCCCGGAGCGGCCCCUCUCUCACCUCUCCCCGGCCCUUCACACCCUAGACAGGCUCCUCUUCCUCCUCCUCCUGCUCCUCCACCGCUGUAGCCCCCCGAUCAGCCCGGGAGACCCCCUACCACCAGCCAGGGGCAGGAUGGAGCCCGUCACCCCCCUGCCCACAGACGCCUCCGCCGACGGUGCCGACGGUGCCAACGGCACGGAGGGCAACCAGUUCCGGCAGCCGCCCUGGCAGAUCGCCCUGUGGGCCGCCGCCUACUCCGUGGUGGUGGUCACCUCCGUGGUGGGCAACGUGGUGGUCAUCUGGAUCAUCCUGGCCCACAAGCGCAUGAGGACGGUCACCAACUUCUUCCUGGUCAACCUGGCCUUCGCCGAGGCGUCCAUGGCCGCCUUCAACACGGUGGUCAACUUCACCUACGCCGUCCACAACGAGUGGUACUACGGCCUCCUCUACUGCAAGUUCCACAACUUCUUCCCCAUCGCGGCCGUCUUCGCCAGCGUCUACUCCAUGACCGCCGUGGCCUUCGACAGGUACAUGGCGAUCAUCUACCCGCUGCGGCCGCGCCUGUCAUCGGGGUGGACACAGGCGGUGGUGGGGCUGAUCUGGGCGCUGGCUCUGCUGCUGGCCUUCCCGCAGGGCUACUACUCCACCACCGACCAGCUGCCCGCCCGCACCGUCUGCCUCGUCCAGUGGCCCCAGCAGCCCGGGCAGACCCUCGAGAAGGCGUACCACAUCUGCGUGACGGUGCUCAUCUACUUCCUGCCCCUGCUGGUGAUCGGCUACGCCUAUACUAUGGUGGGCAUCACCCUCUGGGCCGGGGGCAUCCCCGGGGACUCCUCCGACCGCUAUCACGAGCAGGUGGCUGCCAAGCGCAAGGUGGUGAAGAUGAUGGUGGCAGUGGUAUGCGCAUUUGCGGUUUGCUGGCUGCCCUACCACGUCUUCUUCCUGCUGCCCUACCUGAGGCCCGACGCCUACCUGGACCCCUGCAUCCAGCAGGUCUACCUGGCCGUCAUGUGGCUGGCCAUGAGCUCCACCAUGUACAACCCCGUCAUCUACUGCUGCCUCAACGAACGGUUCCGCUUCGGGUUUCAGCGGGCCUUCCGGUGGUGCCCGUUCAUCCGGGUGGGAGACUACGAGGGCCUGGAGCUCAAGUCCACCCGCUUCCUGCAGACGCAGUGCAGCACUUACAAGGCCAGCCGCGUGGAGACCACCGUCUCCUCGGUGGCCGGGCCCGGCGACGUCACCCUGGAGGCGGGCAUCAAGGCGGAGCCCUCGUCCCUGGACCUGGCCUCCAACGGCUCCUCCUCCCGAGGCGACUCCAAGGCCGUGUCUGACACCUUCAGCUUCUACUCCAACUCUCUGUCCUGCUGAGCCCACCUCCUCGGCCCCCCGACCCGGGCUACGAGAGCCACGGAUCGAGAUGCAUGGCGC